GGGCUAGCCACCGGCGCCAUGGAGCUGGAGCUGGGGCUUGCGCCGCCCAACCACGCGGGCUCGUGCGGGAAGAGGGGCGUGGCGGAGGCGUUCGGAAUCAAGAAACCCACGCUGCCACUCUUCCUGGGCGACGACGACGACGACGGUGGCCACGGCCACGGCGAAGACGGCACUGGCGACACUCGCGACUGGGAGAUGGGCAGCAAGAGGAGGAGGCUUGUGGGGUGGCCGCCGGUGAAGAUCGGGCACCGUCCGCGCAGCAACGGCCACGUGAAGGUGAAGAUGGAAGGGGUGCCCAUCGGGAGGAAGGUGGACCUGUCCCGCAACGCCUCCUACCACCAGCUUCACCACACGCUCCGCCUCAUGUUCCCAUCCUCCACUUCUCACCAUGGCGAUCCAUACGCCGUCACCUACGAGGACGGGGAUGGGGACUGGAUGCUCGUCGGAGACGUGCCGUGGGAGGAGUUUAGCAAGUCGGCUAGACGGCUCAACAUACUCAUGUCACCACCGACGACUACACUUGGCACUGCUGGUUGAAUGUGGGAGUCGUGGCUCUGCACCGGCGUGUGUGUCUAGUUAAUUAGCUUACUGAAUAAUGUUAGUAUAAUGUUGUCGUCACGUCAACAAGUAUGGGACUUUCUGAGUUUAUUUCUCUUGUCCAGGAUAUUAAGUUAUGUUAACGAAACAAAUUCGGUGAAAUGUUGAAAAUUAUUACGGGAUUUGAUCUAUCAAAAUGUACUUGAAUUUGAUUAAUUUUCACUGGA